UACAUAUCCAAUCCAAUGUCCAUCGAUUUGAUUUCAUCUUGUUUACCAUUCCUUAAUAAAAUGAUGAACCAAUUAACAAUCUCAUCAAACGAACCAUCAAAUCAAGAAGAAGUUGAUAUCUUAAUCUUAGGUGCAGGUUGGACUUGCACCUUUUUAAUUCCAUAUAUCAAAACUCAUACUAAAUUAACUUAUGCAUCAACCACAAGAAAUGGUGGUGGUGAAUUUAAUUCAAUCCCAUUCACGUUUGAUUCGACUGGCAACAAUUCAAAAUCUUAUGAAAAAUUACCAUUUACCAAAUGUAUUCUGAUCACUUUUCCUAUCAAAGAAAUCGGAGCAUAUCAAACCCUUUUAGAGAAUUACAGUCAAACUCAUCAAAACCUUGAAGGAUUUGAAUCGGUUAAUGUGAUUCAAUUAGGUAGUACUGGAAUCUUUGAUGGAGGUCCCACUUUAAAUCCAACAUCCAAUUCAGAAAAACCAAAACGUUCAGAAACCUAUAUCGAUCGUCAUUCACCCUACGAUCAAACCAACAUCCGAGCGAAAUCAGAAGACGAAUUACUGCGCAUCAAUCAGACCAUUAUAGGAUCCAUGAAGUUCUAUACGACGGUUUUAAACUUAUCAGGAUUAUAUGGAAACGAACGAUCGAUCCGAAACUAUGUCUCAAAAGUAGCGCCUACCAAAGAAAUCUUAUCUACCAAAACUAGUAUUCAUAUGAUUCAUGGAAUAGACGUUUCAAGAUCGAUUCUAGAAGUUUUCAAUCAAUUUGAAAAAUCUAGAGGUCAACGUUGGAUCUUAACUGAUCAAAGAGUUUAUGAUUGGUGGGAUUUAGCAUCGGCUUGGGGUGAAUCAGGUUUACAUGGAAGAAAAACCGAAGUUACUAUCGGUCCACAAGCUAAAUGGGUUCAAGAAUUGAUGGUGACUGAUUCGAUUAAAGUCUUGCCUCGUUCGCCUGAUCAAUUAGGUAGGGUUUUAGAUAGUACUGAGUUUUGGAGAACUUUUGGGAUUAGUCCUGUGAGGGCUAGACUGGAAUCUUUGUAAAUGAUUUUUGACUUUCCAAUUCAAGAGUCAUCUUUAGUUUUUAAUAUCAAAACUCGUCUUUCUCAGUUGUAUUCACGCAUUGGUUUCCUUACCAAAACUCCGUUUUGUAUAUAUCACAAAGUCUUGUAUAAGUUGUAUACUUACUCACUUGAUUGAUCUUGGGAUUCAAUUGAUCAAAUUGAUCAUUUUGAACUC